AGACUUUCCUCCCAACUUUUCCUUCGGCGUCGCCACCUCUUCAUAUCAGAUUGAAGGUGCCUGCAAGGAGGGUGGCAGGGGUGCUAGCAUAUGGGAUUCUUUUUCACACACUGAAGGAAAAACUGUUGAUGGAAGCACUGGUGACAUAGCCGUGGACCAUUAUCAUCGAUACAAGGAAGAUGUUGACCUUAUACAUGAGUUUGGGUUUGAUGCUUAUCGAUUCUCUAUAUCAUGGUCUCGAAUUUUCCCUGAUGGUUUAGGAACCAAAGUCAACGAUGAAGGGAUUGCUUUCUAUAACAAUCUCAUUAAUGCUCUUCUUGAAAAGGGUAUUCAACCCUAUGUAACUUUAUACCACUGGGAUCUUCCUUUGCAUCUUGAUGAAUCAAUGGGAGGGUGGUUAAAUAAGGAAAUUGUGAAAUACUUUGAAAUCUAUGCCGAUACUUGCUUUGCAAAAUUUGGUGAUAGAGUAAAAAAUUGGAUCACAAUCAAUGAACCUAUGCAAACUGCGAUAAAAGGGUAUGAUACUGGGAAACAUGCUCCUGGAAGACGUGAAGGUUCAGCAACAGAACCAUAUUUGGCAGCACACCAUCAGAUUUUGGCUCAUGCAAAAGCUGUUUCAAUAUACAAGAGCAAGUACAAGGAAAAGCAAGGGGGACAAAUAGGAUUGGUGGUGGAUUGUGAAUGGGCAGAGGCUAAUUCUGAAAAAAGUGAAGAUAAACUUGCUGCAGCAAGGUGCCUUGAUUUUCAGCUGGGAUGGUACUUACAUCCUCUCUAUUAUGGAGACUACCCUCAAGUUAUGCGUGAAAAACUUGGAAACCGACUUCCCAAGUUCUCAGAAGAAGACAAAGAGUUGCUUAGGAACACAAUGGACUUUGUUGGCCUGAAUCAUUAUACAACAAGGUUUAUUGCUCAUGCAACAGAUGGUCCUGAAGAAGUUUUUUUCUAUAAAGAUCAAGAGAUUGAAAGAAUUGCUCAAUGGGAAGGGGGUGAGAUGAUUGGUGAGAAGGCAGCUUCGGAGUGGCUCCAUGUUGUGCCCUGGGGCAUACGGAAGGUUUUGAAUUACAUAGCUCAGACAUAUAAUAAUCCCACGAUAUAUGUGACUGAAAAUGGUAUGGAUGAUGAAGAUGACAGUAGUUUGACUCUCCAUGAGGUGCUGGAUGACAAAUUGAGGGUUUCCUAUUAUAAGGGAUACCUUGCAGCAGUUGCUCAGGCUAUCAAGGAUGGGGUAGAUGUCAGGGGUUACUUUGCUUGGUCACUAUUGGACAACUUUGAGUGGGCUGAAGGCUAUACCAAGCGCUUUGGUAUAGUUUUCGUGGAUUACAAGAAUGGUCUCAGCCGGCAUCCAAAAUCUUCUGCAUAUUGGUUCUCAAAGUUCUUGAAAGGCGAUGAGAAUAAAACUGGCAAAGAAAACUAGAUCCCUAUAGAAGUGGAUCCUCUUCCUCCCUCUUACUCAAGCCUAGGUUUUCAUGUAUGAUGCUGCAUGGUAGUACUGUAGUUGGAGAUGAUGCAUUAGGUGAGUUUGUGGAUCACGUAGAUUCCACAGGCAUGCCACUCUCUCUAUGUAGCACCUAUUAUGUUUUGUGGUCCAAAUAAAGUAUUUGAGGGCACUUUGUAAUAUCACAAUAAUAUGAGGACCCUAGU